AGCACUUGCAGUUACAGCACAUCCAACAACAGACUUUCUAAGUGAUUGAGUCCAGUUCGGAAUCGUAGAGUAUUCUUUGUUCCACUUCCCUAACAGGGAUCUUCCCAGCUCACUUCGAAGAGCCAGCUUGCCCGGAUCUUCUACGUCGAUCGACAUGGAAGGAAGCACAGACAGAGGUUUUUUCGGCUUCGGACACAAGGACGAGGAUAAGACUCAGCAGAACCAGCAUGGAACUGCGCCAUCCCAUGGAACCCAGCAAGGUGUCGGUGGUGGACAUCAGCAAGGAGGAGGCUACGGCCAGCAGCAGCCCAUGAGGCCCGACCAUGGCACUCACGGCACGCAAGAGCCAAUGGUCGGUACUUACAACGCUGGUACCAUACAACCCGGACAGACGACCGGCGAAGAGCACAAGUCCGGCGGAGGAUUGAAGGAGAAAAUUGGAGAGACUCUCGGAAUCAACAAGUUGAAGAAGGGACAUAAGAAGGGAGGCGAAGAAGAUGGUUCUUCCUCCUCGUCGUCUGACGAAGAAGACAACAAAUCCGGCGAGAAGAAGAAGCAUCAGUUCUUUGGUUAAAUGAACUGCGACGGAUCAUAUAUAAGCUGUGCUCCUUCUUCGUCUGACUUCCAAACAGAUGUUGUAAACGCAACUGGCAUGAUCUGAAGUGGUUUCUGUAAGCAUAGAAUAAGGAUAUCGAACCUUUCCCAUCUCCCUGAGAUGAUGUGAAUAGUGUACGACUGUAUAUAGCGGUGAGUUCUGUGCACUGUCGACUUGUGCCGAACUCUUCCGUCUGGUACAUUGCAGCUUUACGCAAUAUACCAUCAGAGUGAGUGUGAAGUGCCAGCUUGCUGUUUGAGAGCAGGUUUGUAUAUAUAAAUACGCAUUUUCCGGAGUGCAGAUAAUUUGUGCAUGAUAUUCUUUUUAAACUGGCGUACUCUUCAUGAACAUCUCAAGAGUCGACCGAUAAGUUGUUGUGGA